AUGACUCUGCCACAUGAACCACCCGCCUCACUAUCCAGCACUGGUCCUGGUGGGCCUUGUAAAUGGCCAUCCAAGGAGUUCCUCGCGGGCGAGCCUAUUUUCGACAGACCUCUCACGGACUCCGACUUCGACGCUCUACAGGAGGAGGCAGGCCUGGGUCCCGCUAGUUGGUGGCUUGAUCCAUUUCUGGCUGCCAAAGGAUCCGGGGAGUCUCUCGGCAUUCCCACUUACGAGGACGAAGUGGCUCUCACUGCCUGGGCUAGAGAACCCUUCGAGUGUGCAGGAGAGAUCCGUGAUGCUUCGCGUGGUCUGCUGAAUCGCCUAAACGAGUUGAUUCACCUCCAACAUCUUGCCCAAACUGACUCCCAGAGGAAGGCCGAGGGUUUGACAAAGAAUGAUGGAAAAGACCAGAAAUUAAGCAGCAUCUACCAUUCAACCCUAUCCCUGGCCGCAUCCGAGGCCCUUGAGAAUGAUUCCACUGGUGCAGCCCUGAAACCUACUGUUCAGCCGAUAAGGGGCCGGAGUGCUAGGAAGGGUACUUAUGCCGUCCUCAAUAAUGUUUCAAAUGACAAUACCAACAACCUUCUAGCGCCACCGAGGCACCCUUUUACCUCAAGUCCCAAAGUUAAUCGACACGGUGACAAAAAUUUAACCCCCCUUCGAUUUUCAAAGAGUCCGGAGCGUCAUGACAGCAAACUGGACAAUGCCCUAGCUCGGACAUACUCAAAGGUACCCACUUGACUUGUCAGUGUUUUAUUGAUCUCUUUUGCCUUCGAUUUGGCUAGAAGGUUUAUACGAGUUCGUCCUAAUUGCCGGUCACAACUACGCCAUCCCCAAAUGACGUCCGCUUCAUCAUUAACCAUGAGUACUUGUUAAACUUGAGUACUUGUCAUCCUGACUACCGAAAUACGGCCUCCAGAGUGACUGAUAGUGAGUCCUUAAACUUAGGCUAGUAACGGUAUUGUCUUUCUGUUAACGAACUGACCUACAGUUUAACAAAAUUUUGGUGAUGAAUUGCGUAUGUGGAGGUAACCCUUUGAUUUGAAGGUUUCACCAAUUUUCUCAUGUUCACUGUUUAGUAUGGUAUAAAAUCUGGAAGUGCUGUUCGGAUUUCUUUGCACCAGUGAUACUUUCAGUCGCGGUAGUAAACAGCGUGCUCAGAGAAGUCUGCGAAUUGUCCUGUUCUACUAAAGAAUGGCUCUUCAUUGAUCCAUCUGGAAUACCUAGGUCUUUGGCCUCGAAUAUCUCGGGUAUUUUGUCUGGUAGUAAUUAAUGAAGAGCUUUUCGAAAUGUAAUCUUUUUGGGGAACCAUAUUGACUUAACUGUUUAUAGAUUUUGUCCUUAGGAUAAAUCGGUACAUUUCCUUGCUUAGCUACCAAUCCCUGGAAAGGCAUAGACCGUUCAUGAAUACAAGCGAACGUUCCAAUCUCAGGUUCUUGUUGCAAAGAAGUACGCUAGUUCUCUGGAGCAGCAAUUGUAUUAUUUUAGUGUAAUGAAACUGUCGCCCUGGCAGUCACGUCUUUUUCUUCGCAAGCCCAUGUCGUAUGAGACCCAUUUCCUCUCUUUUUGGUUUUAAUCUACUGUCUAACUGACCAAUUUUAUUACCAGCUGUUCUAUCACAACGUACUGUGCGGCAUCCCUCACUGAUUCCUCCUCUUUCUUUGUAUUCUCUAACUUCCAGGAGUCUCUAAACAUGCUCAAAGAAGGCCCAGAUUCCGCUCUACUACAUACUAAUGGCAAUAAACAAUUAGCAGACAGCUAUGAUGGAUCGGAGAGUCAACUGAAUCAGACUUAUGAUGCAGACGAUUUGAGCGACGUGUUUCCCAGCGUUCGUGGUUCCUUUGAUAGUCGUCGUAGUCACGAGACCUUCAACCCCAAACCACCGCCUCUAAAUCUGUCGCUCCAGGGACCCACUACGGGACCCCGUCGUCUGACUUACAACGCCAAUGCAAAUUCCCAUUCAACAAACCGCACUUUUGACAUUCUUGAAAUAGCGCGCCAAGAGGAGAACAGCCUACGUGCGUCGGCGGCGCGUAGUGAACAGCGUUCGAACAGCGGGCAGAAUUCUCUGCGUGGAUCAGCCGAGGUCUCCACUGCCGGCAGAGCGCAGCGCCUUGGGUUUUCUGAGAAGUUUGCGCCCCGAAUGAGUGAAUCACCAGCUCGAUAUCCCGCUACAGGCACUUCGAACUCUCGCGAGGGCCUUCGCCGAGGUGGACCUGACGGCCUGCCAGUCAUUCCGGCUAGUCCACUCGAUGCGCCCCCACACAAAAUGUCGGAUGUCGGUCCCUCGGUUGCCCCUCUCAUGUCUUCACUUCAAUUGCCCGCUGGGGAGAAAGAGGUGCGUUCUUCUUUACCUACUUCCCUCUCUGCGAACGCCCUCGGAAUUAUGUCGAAACUCCCCCACGGCACCACCGGCUCCAACUCAGGCUCGGGCAGUUUAGUCGACGUGCUUGAGGAAGCGCGCCUUCAGGAAGCUCAUCUGCGGGCCUCAAGUGGCAGUUUCCGCGCGAAGAACCGCUCCGGCACUUGUCUUACACAUUCCUUGGAUAGCAGCAAAGAGGAGCUCGUUGCGACAAACCGGUCCACCGGAACCCCGGAGCCCGACCCACAGCUCGCACCAGUCGCCAGCGAGAAUGUGCCCCUCUUUGCACGCCGUCCCGCAAAGGCUACUGAAGCCUCUGCAGCUCGUAGUCGCCCGCCAAUUGACAGAAAACGCGCCGCGUUAGGCAGCAGUUCUGCGAACGAUCUCCUAGAAGCUCAAAAGCUAUCCACGUCCAAUACUAGCCUACGAAGUAUCACAUCGGAGGACGUUCAGAAGAUGGUAAUCGAGCAAGACAAGUCGCUGCGCGCCUCGGCGGAGGAGGUUAUGAGGGCGGCGAGGUUGAAAAACCUUCUAACUAAGUCCGCGGAAGGUUUGAUCACUCUGAGGAAGUCGACUGAUAACUUGCCAACUUCUGUUGACGACACAGGUGUAAGUUCUGCCCGGGCAGCCUCACCGGCCCAGUCGGCUACGAUGCCUAUGCGGAGCCACAGUCCACCAGUCCUUCCUGGACCUCAGCGCGGUACAAUUGAAGAUGGGUCUAACCGGAAGUCCAUGAAGCCCGCUAAUGGCUCAGGCACUUCUAUUACCGACCCCUUCCAAUUAGCUAAACAACAGGCUGCUUCUCUGCGUGAGUCCAGUGAGAGUUAUGGCCGCAAGACCAGGACUCUUCGUUCAGAAGGCGGUAAUGACAACGUUGAGGGUGGUUCUGUCGAUAAACUGGAGCAAACUAGUUCCAGCGGCAGUGCAGGAUCGGCCUCAGCUCGCGUCCCACCCCCAGUUCGGCCAUCAGUUUCUCCUGUGCGAAUGCGGAACCGCUCACGAAAGAUACCCCCGAAGCUGGAUAUUCCUCAGAAGGAGAGCACGCCGACCUCUGCGGCCCUCGAAACACCAACUCCAACUACGGCAGUAGGAAGUGGAACACGAUUUGAUGAUAACUUGGCAACUCCUGUAAAUCCCCGCCCGUUGAGCUACACAGAUCACCUCAUGAAUCCCGUGAGUCCCGCCAGCGCGGUGGAAGCCUGGGUCUCGGAAACUGUUGGUCUGUCGGAGACCGCGUUGCCCACCACUGCGUCCAUCGAUUCCUCACUUGUUCUACCAACGGACCUAAAAGCGAGUGCGGAUUCUGAAGCUGUUGUUUCCUCGACACCGGUGCCCACGACGACUAACAAGCCACCACUGAAAGGUGCUCCCUCGGCGACUGCGGCACCGCAUCCCAGUGGUCUUCCCCAAAGAUCCGGCCUUCGUCCCCCGACAGUGCAACUUAGGCCGCGUCCGGUCGCCACCACAACGACUAGACUACCAUCAAACGAUAGUCGCGUCACCCCUGCAUCUGUCCCGACUGGUCUGCCGAGACCAACCUUGCGGGCGACUUUGGCGCGACCUGUUGCAGCCUCUGUCCGAACUGUGGGCGCUCGCACGGCGGCACCGCUGCCCCCUGUGUCUCGGGUCAACGCUCCCCCAAGACCGGCCACGGCUGCUAACAUUUCACGACCCCCUGCCGGAGUGCCUAGGCCAACCAUGACUCGGACGCGACCGCCAGCUCCCAGGACUCGCGUCGCCGGUGUGACGCCACGGCCAUCCACCUCAACCAUUUCACAACUCCGACGACCUACCUAG